AUGCACUGAAUGUGUCUCAACUCCGCCUCCUGGGCUGCAAACAGAGACGAAUUCACAGGCUGCAAAUCCUGUUCAUUGACCAGCUUUAUUUAUUUUUUAAAAAUAACUCUCCCUCAUUGGGCUUUUAAGCUCCUCGGGUGCCAGUGAUGAGCCUAUUUUUUUUCUUUCUUUCUUUCUAUAGCCAUCCCCUCAGGUAGCUGGGAAGCCCUUAAAGUUGGGAAAGAAAGGGACCUCUUUUAAACAUUGUAUUUCUCUCCCUUUUCAAUAGCCAGCUGCAACUAUGUAAUUAAAUUGUCAAAGUGAAACGUUGCGGUCUGAGCCGCGCAUCAGUCUCGCACUUGAGCGUGGAGACCGCUUUUCUCUCCUUCUCCCUCUCGCCUCCUCCUCUGCUGUACCGCUUCACUCCGCGGUUCAUGGCAGCGCAGAGGUGUCGCUGGAAGGUGCCUUGUCCGAGGGCUGUUUUUGAUGGAAGUGUAUUUACCAUGAGGAGGGCCGUCCUGCCCGAUGGGAACGGGUGCCAAUCCAGCUGUGCUCUGGCGGCCGCUCCAGAUGUUGGGAUGGCUGCGAUCACACAAAAACGUUAUUCUGGGACUUUUUAUCAUUAGGUCGCUGCUCUAGGCUUGACCAGUCUGGUUUUUUGCGCCUGUUUUCCUCGUCAGUUCCAUGUCUGUUUGUUUUACCUCUCUAAUUCCCCAAAGUUGGUAACGAUGUAUUGCGAGACUUCAGCUGAACUUGUUGUUGUUAAAUACGCAGAUAAAGUGACUAAAACAGCAUAGUCUGGCUACGAGAUAAAGCUGCUGAGAUUUAAUUUGAAUAUGUCAUUUAUUAAAAGGCUGAUUGUAAGUGGAAGACUGCCUGGAAAAUGUCACACGUUCUCAUAAACUUUGCAGAAAACACUAUGAAUGAGCUCCUUGGCUGGUAUGGUUAUGAUAAGGUUGAAUUAAAAGAUGGAGAAGAUAUUGAAUUCAGGAACUACUCAGCAGACGGGGAAAGCCGCCAGCACAUUUCUGUUCUCAAAGAAAAUUCUUUGCCAAAACCAAAAUUACCCGAGGACAGUGUUAUUUCACCGUACAAUAUAAACCCAAGCUACCCAGGGCUUGCAACAGGAAAUGGACUAUCAGACUCACCAGCAGGGUCGAAGGAUCAUGGGAAUGUACCUAUUAUUGUCCCAUUAAUUCCACCACCUUUCAUAAAGCCACCAGCAGAAGAUGAUGUGUCAAAUGUACAAAUAAUGUGUGCCUGGUGCCAGAAAGUUGGAAUCAAGCGCUAUUCCCUGAGUAUGGGAAGUGAAGUGAAAUGCUUCUGCAGCGAGAAGUGCUUUGCAGCUUGCCGAAGAGCAUAUUUCAAGAGAAACAAGGCUAGAGAUGAAGAUGGACAUGCUGAAAAUUUUCCCCAGCAGCACUAUGCUAAGGAAACUCCAAGACUUGCCUUCAAGAAUAACUGCGAACUACUUGUAUGUGACUGGUGUAAGCACAUAAGACACACAAAAGAGUAUCUGGAUUUUGGGGACGGGGAAAGAAGGCUUCAGUUCUGCAGUGCAAAAUGUCUCAAUCAGUACAAAAUGGACAUUUUCUACAAAGAGACACAGGCCAAUCUUCCAGCUGGACUGUGCAGUACAUUACAUCCUCCAGUUGAAAAUAAAGCAGAAGGCACUGGAGUGCAGCUGCUGACUCCAGAUUCUUGGAAUAUACCACUAGCAGAUGCUCGGAGAAAAGCCCCAUCCCCAGUGUCUGCAGCUGGCCAAAUUCAAGGUCCUGGACCAUCAGCGUCUACCACUGCCUCUCCGUCUGACACUGCCAACUGCUCUGUCACUAAAAUCCCCACACCAGUUCCCAAACCUAUUCCCAUCAGUGAGAAUCCAAAUAUUCCACCAGUUUCUGUCCAGCCACCUGCUAGCAUUGUGCCUCCAAUUGGUGUCCCACCUCGCAGUCCUCCGAUGGUGAUGACGAACCGUGGGCCAGUUCCUCUGCCCAUAUUCAUGGAACAGCAAAUUAUGCAACAAAUCCGUCCACCAUUCAUUCGUGGGCCACCUCACCAUGCCUCAAAUCCUAACAGCCCUCUGUCAAAUCCAAUGAUUCCUGGAAUUGGUCCCCCACCAGGUGGUCCCAGAAAUAUGGGUCCCACCUCUAGCCCCAUGCACAGGCCAAUGCUUUCCCCCCAUAUCCAUCCUCCCACAACACCUACCAUGCCUGGGAAUCCUCCUGGCUUGUUGCCGCCUCCCCCUCCUGGAGCUCCGUUGCCCAGUCUUCCCUUUCCCCCUGUCAGCAUGAUGCCAAAUGGUCCUAUGCCUAUGCCACAGAUGAUGAACUUUGGAUUGCCGUCCCUUGCCCCGCUGGUGCCACCCCCAACUCUACUAGUGCCAUAUCCUGUCAUUGUCCCUUUGCCCGUUCCCAUCCCCAUUCCCAUCCCCAUCCCUCACAUCAAUGACUCCAAACCCCCCAAUGGCUUCUCCAGCAAUGGUGAAAGCUUCAUUCCGAGUACCUCCAGCGAGGCACCUGGGGCAAAGCCAACCAACAGCUCUUCAUCUCCUCGAGAGUCAAAGCAAGGAUCGUCUAAAUCCUCUGACUCAUCGCCGAGCUGCUCGGGCCAGUCCCUUAAUCAAGCUCAAGUGCUUCAGGAGCACAGUAAAAAUGAAGUUGUUGACUUGACUGUCAGACCUAGUAGUCCAGUGAACAGUAAGUUUGGUUUCCCCAGUGUGCUACAGGGUCCACAGGACGGUGUGAUAGACCUAACAGUAGGCCACCGGUCUAGGCUGCACAAUGUUAUCCACAGGGCUUUACACACCCAAGUGAAAGUUGAACGUGAACCUAAUAGUGUUGUAAAUUUGGCUUUUGGUAGCUCAGACAAAAGGAACUGCAGUGACUGCAGGGACAACUGCAGCCCGGUUGACUCAAAAACAUUACCGUGCAGUGACGGAGCUCACUGCUGUCCCGUCUCCUUGGCAUCUGGCACGCCGGGACUGGAAGCUAGUGCAGCGGUGUGCAACGUCAUUGUGAAUGGCACAAAGAGCACAGAGGGUUCCAAGAACCUGGAGCUGCCCCAGGAGCCAAAAAAGCCCCAGCCCCCAGAGGAGCUGGUGGUGAGUGAGCUGGAGUCUGUUAAGGAGAACAACUGUGUGUCAAACUGCCUCCUUGAGGGAGACGCUGGAAAGAAAACUGGGGAAGAGCCCCUUGCUGGGGGAGACAAACAGGACCCGAACCUUAACAAUCCAGCAGAUGAGGACCAUGCAUAUGCUUUGCGGAUGCUGCCCAAGACAGGUUGCGUUAUCCAGCCUGUGCCAAAACCAGCAGAAAAGACUGCUAUUGCACCAUGCAUUAUCUCAACGCCAAUACUCAGCACAGGGCCAGAGGAUCUGGAACCACCAUUGAAAAGGAGGUGUCUCCGAAUUCGAAAUCAGAAUAAGUAAAGGAGCACUUGCUUACAGGGUACCUUGCAUGGAGAAAGGGAGCAGAGCAAACCAUGUCACUCCACCACCGAAUGACGCCAGCUGGUCCGCUCACCACCCCCUCUGGCUAAAAGUCCAAGCAAAGAAAGCAGCUUCCUGUCAUGAAGCCCCUCCAAGGAAGCCUCGGUCCCACGGGUGCCUUUGACCCAGAAGACAGCACAUCAUGGACCUACACAGUGUGCUCAGCAUUCCUGCGACCACCCUUCUUCUCCUCUUGGAACGCUUUUUCCUCUUGGUUUCUUGCUGGGGGGGAUUUUUCACCCAGGUUUCAAAAACCACACGGACCAACAUAGGUACUUUUCCCUCACUGACUUGGAAGUUCAGAUAUUUGAGACUGGACAAUGAUAUGGAUUUUUUUUUUAAUUUUUUUUUCCCUUUGAAAAACUGCUGUGGUUUUGCUGCUACACUAAGAAUCGUGAUUUGCAUUGUAUGGUUUUGGACCUAUUCAAGUUUUGAUGGGGGAAAGGGGUAAUACUGGAGUGGCAACACUUCAGAGUCAUCUCUGUCCUACCCAUGAUGCACUUUUAAAUGAAGAGUUAGAAUAUUUUAUUGGCUAAUAUGCUUUCCUUGUUAUUUUUACAAAGGCCACCUUUAUCCUUUCUAAUGCCAUAUUUUCAGUGUUACACUUUUAUGGCUUUUAAUUUUUGAUUUGACAGAUGUAAGAAGCAGCAUGAAUAGUUUAUACUGUGGUUUUUCAGAGACUGAAUGCCAAGAGAACUCAGUAAAUGUUUAUUCUUCUCAGCUUUCUCUUUAAAUUCCCCUAAAUAGCGCCCCAUUUGGGAACAGAGCAAGAGUGUUGAACUAAAGACCAAAAUUCCCUCAAGGUGUAAAAUAAUCUGAGGGGAAUAUUUGCUGGGCGUCACGAAAGACUUGGAUGAAAUUUCAACCCUGAUGGUUUUCAGUGAUCCAGGAAGGCAGUGAGACAAUCUCUCCAUAUGCAUAGCCCUUUCAUGAUAAUUAGAAUGGUAUGGACAAACCAAUGAAAACAAGGGUAAAGUGAGAAAGAUCCCCCAUGAUUCUGUUUCACUGUUUGCUUUCUCCUGUCAUGGUUAAGAGAAAUGUGCAAUUUGAUCCUCAAUCAGUGGGUGGAGGAUAACAGGGUAGAAUUUACUUGUGUGCACUUGUACAGUUGUAGCCAAGAGUCCAAAAGUACACUAGAGCAUGUUAUACUGGCACUGAAUUGGUAAGAGAGUCGUGGAGUAUCCCAUUCUGACAAAUAAAAAAAAAAAAAGCAAAAAAAAGCCAAAAAAUAAAAGUAAAAAAAAAAAAAAAGUAACCCAUGAAAACCCCACAAAAAUCAAAAAGAGAGAAAAAAAAUCGAAAAAAAAUAUUUCAGAUCACCUUGUGAUUCAGUGUAACUGUUUACUAACUCAAAUAAAGCAAUUGUUCACUCUUGA